UUCGACCUACGUGGUAAGAUCAAAGCGAGAUUAAUUUAUUGGCAGUAACCUUACCAACAAUAUAAUUUAACUGUAGAAUUAGGUCUGACCGCAUCAGUUAAAAUCUUUAUUAUUUAUUUCAUGGUUAAUAUUACAUAUUAAUUAGGCUUCUGGAAAAUUGUUCUGUUCUAUUUGUUUUAUGAGUGAGGUCGUAAAUAUUUGAGUUUGUUUGCGAAGAACAUUACACGAGACAUUAUGUUGUUUUUGAGUAAAAUAAUACGGCAAUUAUGUCUAAAUAGAUUAUACCAGAAUUAUGAGUUGUAUAAAUAAACGAUUUCGGAUUAAGGAGAAGGCUAACUUUGAUUUGCAUAACUAUAAUAUAAAUAAGGUUUGUUUGGUUCCCUAACUACGGAAAUACAAAGCUGUUAAAGAAGUUACAUUAGUCAAUCUCAUUACAGAAAAAUUAGUUCUAUUAUAUAAAAGGUUGAUUGAAGAAGGUAUUUUUAAACACAAACCACCGUGCUAACUAAAAUAAAAAUCUGAUGGGUGAUUUCUUGAAAGUGUUAGUGAUAAAAGUGUUAUCUCAGAACAAUAUUCAAGAUGGUGGCUUCCGGUUUACUUCUCAUGGUGUUGUGUGUUGUGGGCCGCGACACGGUCUUGGCAACCACCGGUUCCCGUGAGAGCAGAUGUGGUCGUAGACUUGUGUCUGGACUGUUCUCCCGGCCCAGGCUCCCACUGGGCUACUCAUACGUGACCACGGUACCACGCGGAGCCUGCAGACUCAACGUCUCGGAAAUCGUGCCCAACGAAAACUAUAUUGCAUUGAAGAUAUCUAAUGGGUCGUACGUAAUGAAUGGAGAGUUUGCGAUCAGCCCGCCGGGAACAUAUGAAGCUGUUGGAACCAGGUUCAUAUAUACUAGGAACAUAGGACUCGACAGCGUGUAUGCUCCUGGGCCUUUACAUCAAUCUGUUGAUAUCAUGGUCCUCUAUACACAACCGAAUCCUAGUAUAACGUAUGAAUAUUUCACCGAAUCCUCGCCGAUUGACAUUGAAGUUGAAAGUGUUACGAAAGCAAAUAUACCUCCAAUAAAACCCAGUUUACCCAAACAUACACGAAGACAUCACAGUUUUGAUGUAUACCGACCAGGGAUCAGUAUACCAAGGUUUCUUGAUAAUGAUUCGAAAGAAACUAGCGCCGAGGAAGGAAUAGAAAAUGUUGUUGGAACAAGAAGAUUUACCUGGAAAAUUUUGUCAUAUACACAGUGUACUAGAACUUGCGGUGGUGGCAUUCAGCUAGGUAAAUUCAGGUGUGUAGAAACAACAUCUGGUGUAGAUCGAGAGAUAUCUCCAAUCCACUGCAGCGGCCCGGCUCCAGCAGGCAGGAGACGCCGGUGUGGUACAGCACCAUGUCCUCCGAGGUGGAGAGCCGCUGCGUGGUCUACUUGUCCCGAGUGUGGGCCAGCUGCGAGGACUAGAAUAGUUGGGUGCGUGCAGGAUCAUGCGAGAGGGAUAACCAAGGUUAGCGACCAAAAGUGUACUAGCCAAAGACCUGCCACGAUGGAAUCAUGUGAUAUUCCUGAUUGCGAAGCCACUCAGUCAGAAAAGCGAGUUAUUCGGCCACGGGAACACACGGAUCAUUUUAGAGAUGGUCCCGUCUAUACUGUGGCUCCUAAUAGUAAUGAUCUUGAUAUUGGACCGGAGUACACGUUUAAUGCUGCCGCUGGCUGGCUGUAUACAGAAUGGACCGAGUGUGUAGGCUGGCAUGUAGGAGGAGGUAUUCAGACAAGAGGUGUGCGCUGUGCAGAUCCCUCAGGAUGUGCUCCGAGAAAAGCUCCGGAGUCGUCCAGAUCUUGCACUCCGAAGUUUGAUGGCGAAGUUCAUGGAGGACAUUGGUUUACUGGUGACUGGUCACCGUGCACAUCCUCUUGCACCGGCAAACAAAUAAGAGGGGUGCUAUGUAUCGGCAACAACGGCAGGCACAUGAAAGACGCCGCUUGCAAGGAUCCGAGGCCUGCGCACGAGCGAGACUGCAGGGGAGACUGCGCAGCGACUUGGUAUUUCAGUGAUUGGGGGGAAUGUACUGGUAACUGUUCCUCCGUCACGGGUAUUCAAAGACGGUCAUUGGUCUGCAGCAAGGAUGAGGGGGCCAGCACUGACCUGGAAUGUACUGGUAUGAAGCCAGAGAACAACAAAGAGUGCGAACUUCACUGUCCACCAAAAAUAUUUCCGCCGGACAUAACUAUAGAAGCCCAGAAAACCUCAGUAUUUGCAGUUACUACUACUACUACAACUAGCACCACUACAACUGUGAAACCGACAACUAAAGCACAUCCACAAGACUGCGAAGACAAACUCUACAAUUGCGGUUUGGCUGUUCAGGCACGCCUUUGCCAUUAUAACUACUACGUCCAAAAUUGUUGCAACUCUUGCAGGGGUAGAUAAAUAUAUUUUUUUAAUUAUAUAACAGAAUACUCACUUUGUAAAAUUACAUUAGAUUAUAAUAGAGAUAUGAAAGCUAUCGUUUCAAUAGUAGAAAUAAGUUAACAGUAUUCACUGCUUUUUUUUUC